CGUAGAAGAAGAAGAAGUAGAAGAAGAGGAGGAGAAGAGGAGAAGGAGAGUAGAAAAUUUAUUACAAAAUUGACAAAAGUCACUAGUCACUAGUUUUGUCACCGUCACCACCAGCAACAAUCAACCGGCAGCAACGACGUCGACAUCCGUUCAGGAGGGUCCGUCGUGUGGAGAUCGAGAUGAACAACCACACCACAGCAAUAAAAGGAUCAAUAAAAGGAUGUGGAGGGCCCCAAGUCUGUCUUCGCCUUGGGCCCCAAUAUGACUAAAUCCGCCCCUGCCUGGAAUGAAGCAAAGCUGGAUGAGCCCUCCCUCCUCCUGCUCUCACACACAACGAGUUCCACUCUGUCCACACAUUUCCUUGAUUCCUACCACUCAGAUCUACAGAUUGAAGAUGGGUGUAACCAACAUGUGGUGACAUGACAGAGCUGACAGGCUCCAUUCACUGCAGGAACACAUGAUGUUCAGUUCAGAGCUCAAACUAGUUUCACUGUUCAGGAAGUGAGAGUCAGACAGGUGUUGUCACUGAGAGGUGAAAUGGCGCAGAAAGGAGUUGAGCUGGACCGAGAAACCUUCUCUUGUUCCAUCUGUCUGGAUCUACUGAAGGAUCCAGUGACUAUUCCAUGUGGACACAGCUACUGCAUGAACUGUAUUAAAACCCACUGGGAUGGAGAGGAUGGGAAGAAAAUCUACAGCUGCCCUCAGUGUAGGCAGGGCUUCACACCGAGGCCUGUCCUGGUGAAAAGCACCAUGUUAGCAGUUUUAGUGGAGGAACUGAAGAAGACUGGACUCCAAGCUGCUCCUGCUGAUCACUGCUAUGCUGGAGCUGAAGUUGUGGCCUGUGAUGUCUGCACUGGGAGAAAACUGAAAGCCCAUAAGUCUUGUUUGGUGUGUAUGGCCUCUUUCUGUGAGAAACACCUUCAAUUUCAUUAUGAGUCAGCUCCGUUCAGGAAACACAAGCUGGUGGAGCCCUCCAAGAAGCUGCAGGAGAACAUCUGCUCUCGUCAUGAUGAGGUGAUGAAGAUUUUCUGUCGCACUGAUCAGCAGUGUAUCUGUUAUCUCUGCUCAAUGGAUGAACAUAAAGGCCACGACACAGUGUCAGCUGCAGCAGAAAGGACUGAGAGGCAGAGAGAGCUGGAGGUGAGUCGACAAAACAUCCAGCAGGGAAUCCAGGACAGAGAGAGAGAUGUGAAGCUGCUCCAACAGGAGGUGGAGGCUAUCAGUCACUCUGCUGAUAAAGCAGUGGAGGACAGUGAGAAGAUCUUCACUGAGCUGAUCCGUCUCAUGGAGGAAAGAUGCUCUGAUGUGGAGCAGAAGGUCAGAUCGCAGCAGGAAACUGAAGUGAAUCGAGUCAAAGAGCUUCAGGAGAAGUUGGAGCAGGAGAUCACUGAGCUGAAGAGGAAAGACGCUGAGCUGGAGCAGCUCUCACACACAGAGGAUCACAACCAGUUUCUACACAACUACCCCUCACUGUCAGCACUCAGUGAAUCCACACACUUAUCCAGAAUCAACAUCCAUCCUCUGAGCUACUUUGAGGACGUGACAGCAGCUGUGUCAGAAGUCAGAGAUAAACUACAGGACAUUAUGAGGGAGACAUGGACAAACAUCUCACUGACAGUGACUGAUGUGGAUGUUUUACUGUCAGACCCAGAGCCCAAGACCAGAGCUGAGUUCUUAAAAUAUUCAUGUGAAAUCACACUGGAUCCAAACACAGCAAAUGAAUUCCUGUUAUUAUCUGAGGGGAACAGAAAGGUAACAUUCAUGAGACAACAACAGUCUUAUCCCAGUCACCCAGACAGUUUCACUGAAGAGUUUCAGGUCCUGAGCAGAGAGAGUCUGACUGGACGUUGUUACUGGGAGGUGGAGUGGAGCGGGGGAAAGGUCUGUGUAGCAGUCGCAUACAAGAAUAUCAAAAGAGAAGGUACCUCUUAUGGUUGCAGAUUUGGAUUCAAUAAAAAAUCUUGGGCGUUAUAUUGUCAUGAGAACUGUUAUGUAUUUUGGUACAACAAUAUUAAAACUCCUGUCUCAGGUCCUUGGUCCUCCAGAGUAGGGGUGUACCUGGAUCACAGUGCAGGUAUUCUGUCCUUCUACAGCGUUUCUGAAACCAUGACUCUCCUCCACAGAGUCCAGACCACAUUCACUCAGCCUCUCUAUGCUGGACUCUGGGUUUAUUAUGUUGGAGUCAUUGCUGAGUUGUGUGAACUCAAAUAGACAGAAGUCAUUUAAGGGUUAAAUCCUGUGUAUUAAUUGUUAUUUAGUCUCCAUGUUUGUUGCUGAGAGCUGAUUGUUGUGGCAUCUCUUCACUGCACUGAGAUCAGCUGUCAGUCAAACAUUACGGACGGUACUUUGUCGUCUUCUCCUGAAUUGUUGUGUAAAUAUUUCUUGCAGUGGUGCUCCUUCCUGUGUGUGUUUAGCCGUGGAGGCUGUCACUGCUCAUCAUGAUGUGUUGUAAACUUCUUUGUGCUCUGAAUGUUUAAUGAACAUUUCAGUGGAUGUAUUUGUACGUUGUUGUUUCUCUCCCACUGCAUGAGUCUGAAGAGAGAAAUCAGCAGACCUCCUUUAUCUCCGAUAUUGUGCUUGUAAAUUUGUACAGAAAUGUAUAAUUAGCUUUUAAUGUGUUAGUGUGACAGAUUAGUUAGCUACUAGAAACUGUAAUGAUCCUGAUCAUAAUUAAUAAGGAGAUCAUUCAUUAAUGUCUUUUACACAAACUGAAGGUUUACAUGAUGAAUAAACAAAC